AUGGAGCCAGGCAACCAAACCAAGGUGACUGUGUUUGUCCUUGGGGGGCUACCAAAUACCACACAAUCCCCCCUGCUGUUCUUCCUCAUCUUCUUGACCAUCUACAUCUUGACAGUGAUGGGGAACUUCCUGAUCUUGUUCACCAUCUUAUCUGAACCUCAACUUCAUGGUCUUCCCAUGUAUUUCUUUCUCUGCAACCUCUCUGUUCUCGAUGCCUCUCUCUCCUCUGUCACUGUGCCCAAAAUCCUCGCUGGUUUCAUGGUGUCCAGCUACAGAGCCAUCUCCUUUGGAGGUUGCAUUGCCCAGCUCUAUGCCUUCCACUUCCUGGCAAGCACCGAGUGUUUCCUGUACACUGUGAUGGCUUACGACCGUUAUCUUGCCAUCUGCCAUCCCCUGAAUUACGCCACACUGAUGAACAGGAAGGUCUGCUUUCAACUUGCAGUUGGUACAUGGUUAACAGGAUCCUUUCAUGCAGCAAUACAUGCCAGCCUCACCUUCCGACUGCCCUACUGUGGUCCCAACCAAGUGGACUAUUUCUUUUGUGACAUACCACCAGUACUCAAGCUGGCUUGUGCUGACACAGUGGUGAACCAAACAGUCAUCCUGGCCAACAUUGGAGUGGUAGCUGCUGGCUGCCUUGUACUCAUCUGUGUCUCCUAUGCUUACAUUGCUUCUGCCAUUUUGAAAAUCCGAACAAGGCAGGGAAGGCUUUGUGCUUUCUCCACUUGCAGCGCUCACCUCACGGUGGUGCUCCUCUACUAUGGGCCUCCUGUCUUUAUAUACAUGCGUCCAUCUUCCAGUGACUCCAGCUAUGGGCCACUGGCUGUGUUCUACACCAUCAUCACCCCCAUGUUGAACCCAUUCAUCUAUACGCUGAGGAACAAAGAAGUGCAAAGAGCAUUAAGGAAACUGUUCUAUAGGCAAGUGGUUUCUCAGGGCAAGUAG